AUGACGGCUCAAGUUGAGGGAUGGAAGAAUGUGGUGAAUUCCAUGAGAAACCUUGGUGAUUUAGAUGAUGGUGGGAAAGUGACAUUCUUCGCAGUGACUCACCUAGCUCGGGGUCUAGUGAGGAUGACUUGGUGGGUGAAGCCUGCUACGGAUAUAAAUGAUCCAAGGUUGGAAGUAGGGUUGCGGUUCAAUUCCAAGGAAGAUUUUACAUACCUUAUACGUCACCAAGGUGUCCAAUUGGGUAAGAAGUUGAGGCUCAAGAAGAACGACAAAAUUCGUUGUGUUGCUUACUGCAAGGAAUUGUUGCGAACUCUGCGUGAUAUACACAAGUGUGGGGGUGCUUCUUACAACCACGGUUGUGCUAAUGCCAAGUACUUUUCACGACUAUUCAAGGAUGAUAUGAGGGUAUUUCCCGGGAUGACGGUUGCUCAGUUUGUGGAAAAGGUGCAUUGGGAGUUGAAGAUAACCAUUUCUGUAGGAAAGGCGAAGCGUGCAAUGGCACGUGCGAGGAGGCUGAUCGAGGGGAGCACCGUUGUCCUAGCAACUAGGCACCUGUCGGAUGGAACUGACAAGUUCAAUGAAAUCUACAUAGCUUAUGAAGCUUGUAAGACUUCCUUCAAGCAGCACUGCAGGAGCAUCAUAGGAUUGGAUGGUUGCCACCUCAAAGGACAAGGGAAGGGCAUACUGCUCACUGCCAUUGGAUUAGACCCGAACGAUCAGAUCUUUCCCGUCGCAUAUGGUGUUGUAGCCAUUGAGAACAUUGAUACUUGGAGCUGGUUUUUGAAUUUGUUGGUAAAGGAUUUGGACAUCAAGGAUUCGAGCAAGUGGAGAUUCAUCUCCGAUAGACAGAAGGGCCUGAUCAAUGUCGUCCGAAGCUGCUGCCAUAAUGCCGAACAUUGCUUCUGUGUGUGGCAUAUGCACAACAACUUCAAAAAGGUUUUCUCGUCCCCAACGCUAAAAGACAAGAUUUGGGAAGCAACCCGUGCAACAAACGUAUACGCCUUCGACAAGGUCAUGAAGGAAGUGAAAGGGUUGAACACGGCUGCACACACGUGGCUUACCGCGCACACUGCCAAGGAGAGUUGGAGCCGAGCUUUCUUUGGUUUUGAGGCCAAUUGUGACAUUCUAGUCAACAACAUUUCAGAAUGUUACAACAGAGUCCUAUUGUUUGCGCGGGAGAAGCCCUUGUAUGGCAUGCUGGAAUGCAUCUGCAUGUAUUUGAUGGACAAGUUCACCUCCCGACGGAAGAUGGCUGCAAAGUUGGAGGAUUGUGUCGGGCCCAAGAUAAGGAGGAAGCUUGAGAAGAUAAAGGAAAAGAUUGGAGAUUGUAUGGUGAGAGAGGCUGGUGAAUGGGUGUAUCAGGUGAACACCAAAUUCAAUGAGCAGUUCGUGGAUGAUAUAUGA